AUGCACGAAACAGAGCUCAACGAUUUGUCCGACGACGCCGAUUACGCUGCCUCCAUGCAACAAGGUUCGGCGAGGAUGACUCGGUGUGAUAGUAGCAAACGGAGCUCAUCGAGCGACAUGGACGGUGCUGAAAUUGUGUAUUUGAAGGAUAAUGUGGCAAUUCAUCCAACUCAGUUCGCAUCUGAAAGGAUUAGCGGCAGAUUGAAGUUGAUUAAGCAACCAUCGUCUUUGUGUAUGACAUGGAUUCCGUAUAAAGGGCAAAACUCGAAUGCAAGGCUGUCUGAGAGAGAUACAAGUCUUUAUACUAUAAAGGCAGUGCCAUUUUCUGAUGUGCGGUCAAUUCGUCGGCACACACCGCCACUUGGGUGGCAAUACAUUAUUGUUGUUCUGUCAUCUGGUCUAGCAUUUCCUCCCCUUUACUUCUACAAUGGAGGAGUGCGUGAGUUUCUAGCUACAAUAAAGCAACAUGUUUUCCUUGUUAGUUCUUUUACAGCUUUGGUCUCCCAGCUGCAAUAUGAUGGAAGAACGCCUAUAUUUCCCUGGUCAGCAGAAGAUGCUAAUGUGUUUCUUGUGAAUGAUUUUCAAGAUCCUCUUCAGAGAACUUUGUCUUCAUUGGAGCUUCCUAGGGCUGUUUCUGUUUCACAUAGCCCAUCUUCAUCAGUUUCAGUAACUGAGUCCCCCUCAAAUGGAAAUCAAGAGGGGACUGAUGGGGGUGCUUUUGAUGGAAGUUCCAGUAAUAUUGUACAACAUAGGAGACAGAAGCAAAAAGUUAAUGAUCCUACUCGAGAUCUCUCAAUACAAGUAUUGGAAAAAUUCUCUCUAGUGACAAGAUUUGCUCGGGAUACAACUUCCCAACUCUUUCGUGAAAAUCAUAGUGAUGGCUUCAAUGCCAGUGAGAGGAGGAAGCAUAACCAAUCUUCCAAUGAUUAUCCUAACAACAUGGCAUCCAGUGAGACACAACAAAUUCCUGAUGAAAUUCCUGUAGCCUCUGAUCCCGUGGAGAAAACCCUAUGUAGGGAACAAAAUCACGAUGAAGCUGCUGCGACUAUUGUGGGUGCUUUUGAGCUUAUUGAUCAUAGGGAGUUUGAUAGAUUAUCAUUAAUAUGGGGAAAGCCACGUCAGCCACCCUUGGGGCCUGAAGAGUGGGCCACUUUCUUGGAUUCUGAAGGGCGAGUAAUGGAUUCAAAAGCUUUAAGAAAGAGAAUAUUUUAUGGGGGAGUGGAGCACAGCCUGCGGAAAGAGGUUUGGACAUUCUUGUUGGGGUACCAUGCUUAUGACUCAACAUACGCAGAGAGGGAAUAUCUUGUAUCAAUUAAGAAGUCACAGUAUGAGACCAUAAAAAACCAAUGGCAGAGCAUCUCGCUGGAACAGACAAAAAGAUUUACAAAAUUCAGGGAGAGGAAAGGUCUUAUCGAGAAAGAUGUGGUAAGGACUGACAGGUCACUCUCAUUCUAUGAUGGGGAUGAUAAUCCAAAUGUAAAUCUUUUGCGAGAUAUAUUGCUAACGUACUCGUUCUACAACUUUGAUCUUGGGUACUGUCAGGGUAUGAGUGAUCUUUUGUCGCCAAUAUUAUUUGUCAUGAACGACGAAUCAGAAUCAUUUUGGUGUUUUGUUCAUCUGAUGGAACGGUUGGGACCAAAUUUCAAUCGUGACCAAAAUGGCAUGCAUACUCAACUUUUUGCAGUGUCAAAGCUGGUGGAGUUGUUAGACACUCCUUUGCAUAAUUAUUUUAAGCAGAAUGACUGCUUGAAUUAUUUCUUCUGCUUCCGGGAAUUUGAAUACGAAAAAACAAUGCGUUUGUGGGAGGUGUUGUGGACACAUUACUUGAGCGAGCACCUGCACCUGUACGUAUGUGUCGCAAUCCUGAAAAGAUAUGGCAGUAAGAUAAUGGGGGAGCAGAUGGAUUUUGAUACACUCCUGAAAUUUAUCAAUGAGCUUAGCGGUUGCAUUGACCUCGAUGCAACCCUCCGGGAUGCAGAGGCUUUGUGUAUAUGCGCCGGUGAAAAUGGUGCAGCUUCCAUCCCUCCUGGAACUCCACCUUCAUUGCCUUUGGAGGAUGUUUCAUUUUAUCCUCAACAGGAUGACGAUGAUGUCUUGUGA